GCUGCUGCUGCUGCUGCUGCUGUUGCUGCUGCGCUCUGCUCCCUGCGCUUGGGGUGGGAGGCCCGGUGAGCCUCACGGACAGUUCUCGGUGGCCUCGGCCAGCACGGUCCCCCUGCCGCAGUUGCUCCCCAGCCCUGAGGUGCGCACCGAUAUCCGUGCCGGUUUAGCGGUUCUACGACCCAAAGAGUCCAGGGAGAUCCACCGAGUGGUGCCUGGCGUGUAGGACCAUGCAACCGCCCUGUGGCUCGGAGCUGCGGCCCGCGAUGUCCCAGCCACUGUGAACCGUUUGGCCCGCGCCAACCUGCUCAGCCCAGACAGGCUCAGCCUCUGGUACGCUCCACUCUACGGGAGGCCACUGGCACAGAACAGCAAGAGGGAGCAGGGAAGGCCUCCCCCCUCCAGCGGGGGACGCCGGGCUCAGCGUAGGGACACGUACUCCGACUGACUGGCACUGGCGGCUAGGGAUGUCGCCCUGGCCGAGGUGGCAUGGACCCGCCAUGGCGCGGCUCUGGGGCUUAUGUUGGCUGGUUAUGGGCUUCUGGAGGCCCUCUCUCGCCUGCCCCACGUCCUGCAAAUGCAGUGCCUCUAGGAUUUGGUGUACAGAGCCUUCUCCUGGCAUCGUGGCAUUUCCAAGGUUGGAACCUAACAGUGUCGAUCCGGAGAACAUCACCGAAAUUUUCAUUACAAAUCAGAAAAGGUUAGAAAUCAUCAAUGAAGAUGAUGUUGAAGCUUAUGUGGGGCUGAAAAACCUGACAAUUGUGGAUUCUGGAUUAAAAUUUGUGGCUUACAAAGCAUUUCUGAAAAACAGCAACCUGCAGCACAUUAAUUUCACACGGAACAAGCUGACGAGUUUGUCUAGGAAGCAUUUCCGCCACCUUGACUUGUCUGAACUGAUCCUGGUGGGCAAUCCAUUCACGUGUUCCUGUGACAUUAUGUGGAUCAAGACUCUCCAAGAGACUAAAUCCAGCCCAGAUACUCAGGAUUUGUACUGCCUCAAUGAAAGCAGCAAGAAUACCCCCCUGGCAAACCUGCAGAUACCCAAUUGUGGUAUGCCAUCUGCACGUCUGGCUGCCCCUAAUCUCACCGUGGAGGAAGGAAACUCCAUCACACUUUCCUGCAGUGUGGCGGGUGACCCACUCCCCACGCUGUACUGGGAUGUUGGAAAUUUGGUUUCUAAGCACAUGAAUGAAACGAGCCACAGGCAGGGCUCCUUGAGGAUAACGAACAUCUCAUCUGAUGACAGUGGGAAGCAAAUCUCUUGUGUGGCAGAAAACCUCGUAGGAGAAGAUCAAGAUUCUGUGAACCUCACUGUACAUUUUGCACCAACUAUCACAUUUCUCGAAUCUCCAACCUCGGACCACCACUGGUGCAUCCCAUUCACUGUGAGAGGCAACCCCAAGCCAGCACUUCAGUGGUUCUACAAUGGGGCAAUACUGAAUGAAUCCAAAUACAUCUGUACUAAAAUUCAUGUUACCAAUCACACGGAGUACCACGGCUGCCUCCAGCUAGAUAAUCCCACUCAUAUGAAUAAUGGAGACUACACUCUAAUGGCCAAGAAUGAGUAUGGAAAGGAUGAGAGACAGAUCUCUGCUCACUUCAUGGGCCGACCUGGAAUUGAUUAUGAGACAAACCCAAAUUAUCCUGAAGAUCUCUAUGAAGACUGGACCGCAGCAGCUGACAUCAGGGAGACUACAAACAAAAGCAAUGAAGCCCCUUCCACAGAUGUUGCUGGUGAAACCAACCCGGAGCAUCUCUCGGUCUACGCUGUGGUGGUGAUUGCGUCUGUGGUGGGAUUUUGUCUGCUGGUGAUGCUGCUUCUGCUCAAGUUGGCGAGACAUUCCAAGUUUGGCAUGAAAGGCCCGGCUUCUGUCAUCAGCAACGACGAUGACUCAGCUAGCCCCCUCCACCACAUCUCCAAUGGGAGUAAUACUCCAUCCUCUUCAGAGGGCGGUCCUGAUGCUGUCAUUAUUGGAAUGACCAAGAUUCCUGUUAUUGAAAACCCCCAGUACUUUGGCAUCACCAACAGCCAGCUCAAGCCAGACACAUGGCCCAGAGGUUCCCCCAAGACCGCCUGAUAAUAAUUUGGUAUUUGGAGGCUCCUGUAUCACUGCAGGAACCAAAGGAGGCUAAAUCCAAGCCUGAUGGAGGAGAAGAGUUCUAUGGUUAUCUGCAAAUCCUGGCCAGACAGCAUCUUGAAGUCACUCCUUAGCUCCCAUAACUAGCCAAGCAAGAAGUUGCCUUCCCAGGACAAAGCAGAGUGCUCUAAUGACUAACCCCUCAAAGUGCUGUGUCACAUAAACUAUAGACCAUCUCCUCGAUCAAGCAGGAUGGCAAGAUGGAGCUGAGGAGCUCAGCAACAUCAAGUCUGGAGUUGGUCUUUAUUCAACUAGUCUGUGUAGACGUGUCUGAAAACCACAGCGUCUUACACCAUGGGGUGGUUUCCAGUAGGAUUUACCAACCUGGCCCAAGGGCGGCUGUGCUGUUAGCUUCUCCUUGCCUGUUGAGAAAGGUUUUGACAGGGUACAGUGGAAGCUCACCUUCUGAGUUAAAAAACAGAAACAAAGUAUAUUAACAGAAAAGCUUCCAAAUCAUGUCUUGAGUUGAUAGGUGGGGAUGUGUUUUAUCCAUAGACUUACUGUUGUUCCUAAAAUUAUGUUUGUUUGGUUUUUUCCAGAGCAGCCUUGUAAUUCAUCUAGGAUCAUAGGCCUUGUGCCUAAAUUUAAUUAAGAUUGUCUCUCAUACACACCCUCAAAUGUUUGUCUUGAAGAACAUGCCCUGUAUGCACACCUAGGGCUAGCCACUCCCAGAAGCAGAUGCAUAGCAAGAAUUUUGAAGUUCAUUUAUUUGUUUUGAAGGCUUACUUUAUUUUCAACACAAUGGACAUUUAUCACCUCCCUAGAGUGUGUGUACCAUGUUUCUUAAGGCAUAGUUGUGUGUUUCCACAUGGAUCAUGUGCUUAUUAGACAAUUGCACAGACAAGCACAGGCUCACCAUCCAGCAAUGGUGCAGGAAAUCGGGUAUUCAGAAAAGAGCGGUUGUUUGAACAGUAGUUGAAAAUGUCACAGAGAGUCUGAGUCCUAUCCCUCUUAACUGCUGUGUCCACGUUGUCAUUCUCCUGCCAACAAAGCCAAGUGAGAGUUUUCACAAAACUACAGAGGUUUUCAACACAUUUGAAAAACUGCUUUGAGUACUCAUGAGCAAAAGUUCUGAUUUCUAUUCAGGGCCCAGAAACUCAUAACAUCAGAGAGGUUCUGAGGGCUACACAGGCUAUGUCAGACUUCAGUGCUAUGGUCCAUUUCAGUGGUCAGGACUAGGAUUCACAAACAGGUAGAUACUGAUUUAGAGCUUACUCCUAUCUUUGGCCUAUUUUUUCUUUUAAAAUACAUUUUCUUCUAAGCAUUUAAUUGGCCAGAUAAAAGCUGCUUUGGGAACUGGUAGUGCACCCUGGAAGGUUAUGGCCUGCACUUUAACCAGAAGUGAAGUCUGUUCUGUCCAGCACAAGGCUAGGAUGGAAAGCACAGUUCUUUUAGGAUGCUUAGAAGUUGCUUUGUUUAUGGCACACUGGGUUGACAACUCAUCCUGUGGGGGUGGCCAUGGCACAUUGCUGCAUUCUAUAGGUGCCAAUAUAAUUCUUUGUCCCUUUUGGUGCCAUGGACCCCCAUUGCUAAGUACAACAAUUUGAUAUCAAAUUCACUCUCAAAGGAAAUGGUAAGAAGCUAUCAAAUAAUGCUUUUAAAAAAAGCAACUUGUAUCCCCUAGAAGAAAGGAAAUGAAUACAUGCUGCAAAAUUACAUCUAAAGUGUAAGCCAUAUUGCAAACCUCACUUGAUGAAGAUUUCUUAGCAAAUGACUUUCAAGCACAUUCAUAGCUAAGCAAAAAAUUUUUUUGGCAUUUCACCAAUGGGUGACAUUGUUAUAAAAAAUGAAAAAACACCCAUUAUAGGAUACUUAGGCCUCCUGGACAAAACAUUCCAAUUCUAUACUUGGUAGCUGAGAAACAAAAACAAUAGUGAUUAUGCAUCUAGGUUGGGAGACCCUGAUUUUGCUCCCACAUCAUCAGCUGCCAAGAUAAACACACUGGCACCCUGAACACAUGAGCAUUGUCAGUCUGAUAUAUCCAAAUCAUUAGUGAUGCUCUGGGGUAUCCCAAAUGCAUUUGUUUACCAAGACCGAGCCUGGCUGGGGCAUCUGCAUCAACAACAUGAGCCUAGUCAAGCUGCAUACCUUGCAUGUGCCAGCCAAUCAUGGACCAGAACUAGCCUAGCAAACACAAAUAUAAACCAGAAGCCUGCCCCAUGUUACUAAGAAGCACCUGCUACCCAGAAAGUCUGGACAGUUGAGUCUUCCUUAAGUAGAGGGGCACAACUAAAGGUUGUGAGACUCAAUCCUUUAUCAACUGUCCUGAAAGUCUACAUUUUCUCCUUGUGAAAUACAGUUUGCUCUGCCUUACUGGUUCUUCCACCAUGUCUGGUCUGCUACAAGGACCAUGUGUCAUACUGGUACCCACCCUACUCCCUGUGGGGCAAAUCGUCUCCCUUUAUGUUCAGUGAGGUUGCAAUGUUGCUUUUUAUUGAUUUCUUCGGUUGUCUUUUGGCCAUGAAUUCUUUCCUAUACAGGUGAAAAGACUUUGCAAUGUCCCAAAGACAAGAAAAGUGUGGGAAGACAAGUAUUUCUUCAUGUACUCAGCUCACCAUGAAUAGAGGCAGCUUUAGCAUAUGGGUUUAGUCUUUAAUUUGGAGAGCUUCUUCCAGAGGCUGAGGCAGCAGCCUAGGGUGAUGCUUCAUGUGACCCAUUCUCUGCGGCUGUAUCUGUUGCUGGAGAAAUUCUCUGUGUUUUGUUGAUUAUAAGCACUUGGCUUCUUGCAUGGAUGAAAUUAUUAGAAGAUCAUAUAUAUCAGAAAGUGAAAAAGAGUCUAAGUAUUUGAGUGACUUUCCAUCCUGACUCUCUCAGGACUGAUGCAGUUCCUUCAAUAUCACAAGUCAGUUCUCAAUCAGGAGAGGCUCAGGCAAACCACAGUAAGUUGGUCAUACUAGUUGGUACAAACUUAGUGAUUUUUUUCCUAGUAGGACAAAAUUAUAUCUUAAUCACCCAAAUUGCCUUUAAGUGCCCUAAAAUAAGAUAAUUUGAAUUAAAAAUAAAAAUAUAGUAGAACUAAUAUAGUAGAAAACUUGAAAGAUGCAGAAAACAAAGAUGCCAUUUUCAGUCACCUCUGGUCCCAUCAGAUGUAACUGCUGGCAUGUUUGUGCAGGAGGAUGUCUGGUCUUAUGAGCAGCCUAACUGUCGAGCUUCAUGUGCUUCUGCCUUUAUUCAUGGUGGGCAUUGUUAGUACAUAUAAAGUGGGUUCACUGGCAAGUCUGGAAGAAGCAGCUAGGUGUAUUUUUUCUAAUCUACUACUUCUAAAUUGCUUGACAAUACUCUGAGGUUGGUGCAGAGCUGGGAGCUGGGCAUGGCUGACAUACCAGUACUGGUUGAAAGUUCCCGAAGUUAAGAUAAGGGAAGGUGGCUCUCUCACAUGCUGAGUGUCACAGAAGGGAUGAACCCAGUGUUGUGGGCUAGGAAGUCCUAGAAACAAGAGGCACUCUUGUUCUGACUAGGCAGACCAAAAACCUGUGUUCAGGGUCAACACAAGGUGAUUUCUGACCCUCAGUGUUUUUGUUCCUCAGCUGAGGCUGGCAAGUACUGUGGUCUCCUGUUCUCCAUCUAACUCUACAUGGCCAGCUGGCCCCUUGAAGGCUGAGUGUACAGAAUUUUAAAUAUCCAGGAUGGUUACAUCUAAUACAUUUUCAGUAUCUGGAAUAUUUCUUUUCUUUUCCUCAGUAUCCCUGAGUUGAAAAAGGACCUCCAGUAGGCUGGGGUGUCCAUUCUGGUCAUUCAACCUUACCUAAAUUUAGUGGAGCUAGCUGCUCAGAUUUCCACACUCCUUUCAUCACUAAAGGUUUCCUCUUCAGGAGUCUGCUGUCAGACUGGGGUUCUUGCAGCAAGACCUGUGGUCAAUAGUGUGGCGUACAAGGAUAUUUUGCUGUUGAUAUUUUCAUAAUAACAUUGUCAGAAUCCAUAAGUUCAGAACAAGAGGUUCUCAUGAUGUUCAAGAGACUGGAUCUGUGUGGUGGUUUUGAAAAAAGAGGUAGGAAAGGAUCCCAGGAGAAACCCAAUGAUGUAAGCCUAUGCUUGGACUAUUGGUCACUACCUGUGGGUAGAUGUCAAUAUUUUUGUUAUUCUGUUGCUCUUAUUUAGCAUAUUUACUUGGCUAUGAUGUUGACUGUCCCUAUGCAUUGAAACAGAACCCAAGGUCAGAUGAUGAUGGCAUUUAGACUGAGCACCACACAGUCCCAAUGUCCCAGUAAAUUGGUUGGUACAAAAAGAUCAGGAUACAGCCUUAGGCUGUGUAACUUUAACAAAAUAGCUCGUCUUCAAAUUAGAGAAUAUUUUUAUGAGGAGAUUAAAGAUGUCACUACAGAGAUGCCAGCUAGACAGUUUUCCUAUUGAGUAAUGGGUUUUCAGGUUGAUCGCUCGCUACUUUCCCUCUGAUGUUUUGACCUCAUCACACUGCUUCACUCUGGAUUGGCCUCUGGUCUACUCACAAGGAAAGAAGUCGUGUGUCCAGGGCAGAGCUGAGCCUUGCCUUCUACUUAGAACCUUGGUCAGCAGAGCUGACAGGUCUCAGGUGUCCCCACCUGAGCUCACUUCCUGUCUCACUUUCAUCCUCCCUCCCUGUCUUAUGGUUCAUGAUGAUGCUGGCUUUAUUUCUUCCUGGUUCCUAGUCCCAUCAAUGCCAUUACUUGAUAGCUGUAGAAACAACCGUGAGCAGAUAUAACCUCACUUAGAAGGCCAUUCCUUGUUUCCCUGGGCAGUCAGUGGAUACAUGUUCAAAACCUUUGUUGUGGGUGGAGAGCAAAAAUCCCCUACUUUCCUGUAAGGCUUUUCAUUUCUUAGCAUCCUACACUGACCUUCAGAGAUAGAAGCUGGUUUUGAAACAGGAAAAUGUGUUACAAAGAUCUUGGUGAUCUAGCUGGCUAAACCUUGGCAUUCUGGACUCCUGAACUUCAGGGAGGGAGACAAAGACCAAAUAGCAAAGGGAAUAAGGUUAUCCCCCACUUCUUGAAUUUCCUUUCUCUGGUUUGCAUACACUCUGCUAUUCCUGCACUUUUUUUUACCCCUCAGUGUUUGUCAAUGUGGAUCUUAACAACAUUUGGGUCUAAUAGUUGAUUAACUGGUAUUGUCCCUCAAGCUAAGACUCCAGGAUGAGCUGCUUUUAUUCACUUUGACGACACUCGAGUUGUCCCUUAGGAGGCCUUCUCGGCAGUUCUCACCCUAGCAUGAGGAGGAGAGAGGAGGAGGUCUGAGUGGAUGAGUAUGGGUUAAUGUUCCUCCAUGAGACCCUUAUGGUCACAGGACUAAAUCUGGGUAAUGCUGCCUCCUCACUGUGGACAAGAAGCCCUGUACUUCUUGAGCAACCCCUGCCAUUUUGUAGGUCUGUCCUCUGGGGCUCCGCAGAUUCUGUUGAGACAGGGUCUGGAUGGGGGUCUGGGUGGGACAAUGGCAUGACUGAAUGUUGCUUGACUUUGUUUUUAGCUCUCAUAGUUCAUGCAACAGAGUAGACUCAAAACACAACGUGUACUGUCUUACUCGGUUGAGAAACUCAUGCUGGUCCACAUGUAUGUGUGUGUGUGUGAUCAGUGGAACAUGGAAAUGUUUUCUCAUAUUGACAUGCUUAUGCAAAUGGGAACUGUUUUACUGGCAUUUGUAAUGUUGAUCAUUCAGAGUCAAGCUCAUAAUACUAAUAAAGACAAGAGCAUCAGAGG